AUGGCGCGUUCCACCGCUUCCACAUCGGCUUCGGCCGCACGUAGCGGCAACGCAAAGAGGAAACGCAACCUCCCUACGGCCACCACAACCAGCACCACACCUUCAACAACAAAGCCAACCACAGCCAAGGGCAAGUCUCAGGCGAAGGCGCUCGAGCUUGCCGAAUAUGCAGGAGGGCUACAUUUGGAGUCUGAUGAGGAGGAGAAGGAGGCAAGCGAUGCCUCUGACGAUGACGAAGAGCAGGACGAGUUCCCCGAGAUCGACGUCGAGGCCAGUGAUGAUGAUGACGACGAUGAGAACCAAAAUGGCGAUGACGAUGGAGCAGAGAAAGAGGAUGAGGCAGAUGACGAGUCGAUAGAGCUUCAGGACAGUCAAGCAGAGGAGGAAUCAGAGGAAGGCUACAACUCUUCCGACAUCGACAACUCUGAUUUCGCAGACGACGCAGACGAGGGUGGCCUCUACGAUUCGGCAGACGAAGACGAGCGUGCCUCCGCUUUCGCAGCUCGCAGCGACGCUUCGCAAACCAGCAUCGACGAAGAGCUCUCCCGCAUGAUGUCUCGCUACUCUUCUAAACCCGACGAGGACUCUGGCUCUCUGUCUGCCACCAACAAACUCGGUGUUCCCCGCAGCCAAGCAGCACAAGCCUUCGACCCUCGUGUUCGCAAUGCAGAUGGCUCCGCCAAAGGUGUCUUCAAGCACAGUGAGAUCACUGGCGAGAUGAAGCGUGUCUACCCCGAGAUCGAUCCAGCUUACGAUUCCGACAGCAGCACAGAAGACCCGAAGAACCGCAUUGGCAAUGUCCCUCUCGAAUGGUACGACGACCUCCCUCACAUCGGCUACGACAUUAACGGGCGCAAGGUCAUGAAGCCCGCCACCAAGGACGAGCUUGAGAAGUUUCUCGACACCGUCGAUGGCGAUGGUGAAGCUUGGUUCUCUGCUCGCGACAACUCCACAGGCAAAGACGUGCGUCUUUCGGACGAGGAACUUGCCAUCAUUCGCAAGCUCCAAAACUCAGAGAUCCCAGACGACUCGUACGAUCCAUACGAGGACUAUGUCGAUUGGUUCACAGGUGAAGAUAAGGUCAUGCAGACUGCUCUCAGUGGUCGACCCGAACCCAAGUCUCGUUUCGUUCCAAGUAAAUGGGAGCACAAGAAGGUCAUGAAGAUCGUCCGUGCCAUUCGCCAAGGUCGUAUUGUUCCCGGUGCCGCGGCGAAGAAAGACACAAAGCCCAAAUUUUACAAUAUCUGGGCUGACGCAGAUGAAGAAAACACUCGUAGCCCAUGGGCUAGCAUGACCGCACCCAAGCUUCCCCUUCCUGGUCAUGCCGAAUCGUACAAUCCCCCCGCCGAAUACCUCUUCAACGAACGAGAGCAAAAGGAAUGGAAUGAAGCAGACCCAGAAGAUCGUAAACAGAACUACCUUCCAUCCAAGCACGAUUCUUUGCGUCAUGUCGGAGCAUACCAGAACUUCGUUCAGGAACGUUUCGAACGUUGUCUCGAUCUCUACCUCGCUCCUCGUAUGAUGAGGAAGAAGAUCGACAUUCACAACCCAGAGAACCUCCUCCCUAAACUCCCCUCGCCCAAAGAACUCCGACCAUUCCCCACCACUACAAGUGUCGUUUACACACACCCAGAUGGUGGGAGGGUCCGAUGCUUGUCGGUUGACCCAACGGGUAACUGGUUGGUUACGGGUGGCGAUGAUGGUCGAGCAAGGUUGUGGGAUGUUGCGAUUGGAAGAUGUACAGCAUCGUGGGAUGUGUGCGAGGGAUUGCCCAAGGCGGAUCGUUCGCCGGUGCACUCGAUCGCUUGGUGUCCAACAAAGAACUACUCGCUCUUCGCGGCUACGGUGAAUGGAAGAGUGACGAUCAUUGCUCCUCCUCAGACGCAGAACUUUUCCAAGACCAGUUCUUCGCUUGUCUCCUCCAAAGCAUCGACAACGUCGGCCGGUAGUAGCGCAACAGCAACCAGCACCGCUUCCUUCUUGUACGCUACAGCGGCAGCCGCCACCUCGAUGCCAACCAAACCCGACGCUCGUUCUCCCGUCUCCUGGACCCGCCCUACCGAACCCGAACGCCGUACAGGUGUAGCUAUGCAUCUCAACAUCACCUCCACCAACGCCUCCAACCUUAAAACCGUCGUCUGGCACUCUAAAGGAGACUACUUCGCAACCAUCUGCUCCGACCCCACCGCCGGAUCAGCUGGGUUGCUCAUUCAUCAACUUUCCAAACACCGCUCCCAGUCUCCCUUCCGAAAAGCUUCGAAGGGGUCUUCGGUGCAGAAACUUGUCUUCCACCCUAGCAAACCUUGGAUCUUCGUUGCUACCCAGCGUUAUAUUCGCAUCUACGACCUUAUGGCCCAAUCGCUGGUGAAGACAUUGCAGACUGGUUUCAGGUGGAUUUCGUCUCUUGACGUUCACCCAACCGGUGACCAUCUUAUGGUUGGAUCUUAUGACAAAAAGCUAGCUUGGUUCGACUUGGAUCUUUCCAACAGACCUUACAAAGUGUUGAAGUACCACGCAAAGGCAGUAAGGGCAGUCCAUUUCAGCACAGCAUGGAACUUGGUUGCGGAUGCAAGUGACGACGGGACAUUGCAGUUGUUCUACGCCAAGGUGAGCGCUGAUUUGGGCGAGAACCUGGUUCUGGUGCCUCUGAAGGUGCUGAGGGGCCAUGAAGUCAAGGGAGGAUUAGGAGUGUUGGAUGUCAAAUGGCAUCCUAAUCAGCCUUGGUUGUUUAGUGCUGGUGCUGAUGGAAAUGCCGUCUUGUGGACAACCUGA